CACAUCAUGCUCCGACUCGAUUUCAACAAGAACGAAGACGGCCACCAGUUCGAGCAUACCAUCGAACACCUAAGGAGCGUUGAACUUAACCUUCUUCUCCACCUAAUUCUCCAAGGAUUUUACUCCAUAUCGCACACAUCAACACACAUAAAACCUCACAUCAGCAGGGUAUUAAUAAGAACUAGUAAAACAACAAAGGAAUUUAGAAAUCACCAUGGGAGCAGCAGAGGUGGUCGGCCAUGGGAACAAGGGAGGGGCUGGGGGCAUCCACUUGCUGCAGAAAAGGGGAGGGCACUGCUUGCUGCGAUAUUCUGUCGAACACGUCGAGGGCGCGACACGAUGGGGUUUCAUGGUUGUUGCUGCUAUACCGUGACCGGGCUUGAAGAUAAUCUAGUGCAGGAGCAACCGGCAAUGGCGAGGUGGAGGUCCGGCCAUCAGGGGCGCCAGCCAUGGAGGGAGUCCCCUGCGCUGAACCAGAGAGGAGGGGUCGCCGGCUUGGAGGAGCAGAGAGUGCCAUGGUUGGGGCGUCAGCUUGGAGAGGGGUAGCGAGCAGCAUCGGCUUGGAGAGCUAGAGCCAGGGAGGGACAAGGGCAGCUGCUGUUCCACAGCUGUAACCAGAGAAGGAGACGCCAGGGGGAGGAGCAGAGGGCGCGGCCAUGGGCGACUAGGGGAAGGAGUGCGCCAUAGGAGGGAGAAAUGGAUGGAGCGGGGAGCAGGACGGAUGCCGCGGCCAGAGGAAGUCGAGGUCGACGGCGUCCAUGGCUGGGGCAGGGGCGAGCGCCAGAGAAUAGGAACGGCGAGCAGGGAGGGCGGUCGGUGCUGUUGCCAGCAGCAGGAAGCGCCGCCAUGGAAAGCAAGGGCGGCAGCUAGAGGAUGAGAACAAGCGUCGGCUUGUGCAGGUGAUGAGGACGUACGGGAGGUUCCAGAAAUUGAGUACGUGGAAGAAUUCCGGAAAUUUCUGGGCAUGAGGUGGAUGAGAUCGGCACCACGAAUGGUGGCUUCACGAAGGGGAUAAGUCAGAGGGUUUAGGCGGUGGAAGGGAGAAAAGAAAU